AUGUUAACGCCGGAAGCUGGUAGUAUCCCACAGUUAUUAGCUACAUUUCAAAAUGAAUGGGAUGCUGUGAUGCUUGAAACUUUCACACUGAAACAGCAUCUAGAACAGACACGACAGGAAUUAAGUCAUGCAUUGUAUCAACAUGAUGCAGCGUGUCGUGUGAUUGCACGAUUAAAUGCAGAGAAUGCGACACUUAAGGAACGGCUGAUGCAACCGGUUGUAGAUGAAGCAAAAGAUGUUGAAAUGACAGUCUCAUUGGCAACGCUUGGACCUGAAAUACUGGCGAAUGUUGAUGCGAAACAGAAAGAAUUGGCAAAGAAACGCAAGGAGUUUAAGAAAAAGGAUGGACCACAACGUGCUGCAUUGCUUAACGAUCUUGAUGGCUGGAAAAUGGUCUCGAGUCACACCUUACACGAUUCAGACAGACCUGGUGUCACGUGUGUAGCCAUUGACAGCAAACGUCCGACACUCGUGGCUACAGGAGGAGUGGAUAAACAUGCCAAGGUCUUUGAUACGGACAAGCAGCAGCUUGUUGCUACGUUGACAGGCCAUAGUAAAAAGCUUAGUCAUGUUGAGUUCCAUCCGACCUCUGAUAUUGUGCUCACGGCCUCGCAUGACAAGACGGUCAAGCUCUGGACCCCACAGGAAGAAGGAUACGGCGUGGGGUACACGCUUGAUAGUUUUGACGAUGCUGUAACAAGCGCUUCGAUCCAUCCCACGGGCAACUAUGUGCUGUCCGGAUCAUUGGAUGCGACAUGGGCUAUUCACGAUGUGCGUCGUGGCCAGCUACUCUCGCGUUAUACCCUGAACGGUGAGCUGGCAUUACCUGAUGCAGCAGUGGACAAGCCCAAGAAAGCAGCGAACGAGACGCGUUGUGCACGUUUUCAUCCGGAUGGCGGCAUCUUUGGUACGGCUGCCAAGAGUAAAUUGGUGCAGAUGUGGGCGGUAAACACGCUGUCUAAUGUGGUAACUUUUGAGGGUCAUGCUGCACUUGUUACGACGCUGGCCUUUUCGGAGAAUGGUUACCACCUUGCGUCAGGAAGCGAGGAUGGUGUAGUGAAGCUAUGGGAUUUACGCAAAGCCACGAGCUUUUACGAGUUGUGUCUGAAGAAGGAGCAGCCAAAACUGAAGCUUGGAUCCAUUUACGCAAUUAACUUUGACGCCAGUGGGUCACACUUUGCCGUGGCUAGCGCACAAAGUGUACAGGUGCUAAAAGAAGUGAGUAAGAAUCACUGGGAGGUGGUCAAGUCGUUUAGCGACCACAAGGCCACAGUCACGGGCGUCCAGUUUGCGCAGGACUCGAGUUUUCUGGUUUCUACAUCUAUGGACCGCUCGCUUAAACUUUACAGAUAA